AUGUUUCGUCUAGGCGCUUUUCAAAUAGCUCGUGCAUCUCUUGCUAGCAGUGCAAGAAAUUAUGCAACCUUGAGAGAGAUUGAGACCAGAUUGAAAUCUAUCAAGAACAUUGAAAAGAUCACCAAGACCAUGAAGAUUGUUGCAUCAACAAGAUUGAGCAGAGCAGAGAAAGCUAUGGCUUGUUCUAGAUACUUCCAAGGUGCUGACCGUGAUUUCUUUGAGGCUGCUGGUACCAAGGCUGAAGACAAGGCUGAAAAAGUUUUACUUAUCACUGUUUCUUCCGACAAGGGCUUAUGUGGUGCCAUUCACAGUUCUGUUACUAAACUCACCAAAAAGAAACUUGCAGAAUAUCCAGACGCCGAUAUUGUCUGUAUCGGUGAGAAGGCUAAAGUGCAAUUGCUGAGAACUAAUGCAGAUGGUAUAAAAUUGACAUUCGCUGGAUCUGGUAAGGCAGCUCCAACAUUUAAAGAAGCAGCGUUGAUUUCUGAUGAAAUUGAGAAGUUGGGAACUUACGACAGGGUUGAAGUUAUUUAUAACAGAUUUGCCUCUUCUAUGUCUUUUGAUUCGUCGGCAGCUCCACUUUAUGGAAAGGCUUCUAUUGCCCUUUCAAAGAAUUUGUCGACCUUUGAUAUUGAGGAAGAUAGUAAUGUUGUUGAUGCAUUCUCCCAAUUCUCCAUUGCUAACACCAUCUUCUCUGCCAUGUCUGAGGGUUAUGCUUCUGAGGUGUGUGCUAGAAGAAAUGCCAUGGAUAAUGCUUCGAAGAAUGCAGGUGAUAUGAUUCAAAAAUACUCUAUAUUGUAUAACAGAACCAGACAGGCCGCUAUUACGAAUGAAUUGGUGGAUAUCAUUACUGGUGCAUCUUCAUUAAAUUGA